UAUAUAUAAAUAGUAACCUGCAGAACUCGGAAUCGUGCGUUAAGUUUCCUACUCUUGUGACUGGCAGCACCAUGGAGGAGCAAGAAAAUUAUAUGAUAGAUGUCACUGUGAAAACUCUGGACUCUCAGAGCAGAAGCUAUACUGUGAGAGCUCAGAUUACUGUGAAGGAGUUUAAAGAGCAUAUAUCUCCCUCGGUGGGAAAUCCUGUAGACAAACAGAGGCUGAUCUACCAGGGACGAGUUCUUCAGGAUAAGAAAACUCUGGCAGAAUACAAUUUAAAUGGUAAAGUCAUUCACCUGGUGGAGCGAGCGCCACCUCAGAUGACUCAGUCAGGAUCAGGCUCAGGAGGAGUACCUGGGACUUCAGGAGGCUCACAGACUGGAAACACCACAACUCCUCAGGCCAUACCUCAAGGAGCUACACAUGAUCGCAAUGCUAAUAGCUAUGUCAUGCUUGGUACCGUUAAUCUCCCUAUGAAUGGCAUGGACUCUCAGCAGAUUCAGAUGUCUAUCCAGCAGAUAAUGGCAGCCCUCUGGGAGGGUAUUCGAAAUACACGAGUCAGCAGCAGCAGUGGGAACAAUGGCUCAGUGAAUGUUCAUGUGGAUCAGAACCUGCAACGUGAACCCAGGCUGCGGCUUCUCCUGGCUGAAAAUUUGUUGCGAGACACCAUUGCCCUGAUUCAGAGACUAGAGGGAGAGCCCAUGGAUGGUUCUUCAGCGCAGGAUUCUGCUCAUCCUCCUUCUUCCCCCACCUCUACACCAUCUCCUUCUGUCCAGCCCAUGGACACAUCCCCUCCUCCAUCCAGCUCACCUCCAUCAUCCUCUACUUCUGCUCAGACUGAUAAUUCACCUCCUCACCCUUCAGGCCCAAACCAUCCCAGCCCUGCAGAACUGGUCGAGAUGUUAGGAGAGCUAAGAAGAGUAGAAGAGAGACUCCAGCCAUUCAUCCAGAGAGCUCACUCUAUCCUGGAGGCAGCCACCACUGCUGAUUACACCAAUUAUGAGAGAGAGGAGGACCAGCAUUUUCUAAACCUGGUAGGAGAAGCGCUUCGGCUCUUAGGAAAUACUCUGGUUGCCCUGAGUGAUCUGCGCUGUAAUCUGUCGAGUGAACCUCCACGUCACCUGCAUGUGAUACGGCCAUAUAUUUCUCACUACUCUACCUCUGUUCUGCAACCAGAUGUGCAUCACAUGCCCAUAGAGCUUAAUUUGUGGACCACAGUGACGAUAUCAGCUAAUGGCAGACCACCAUAGAAAGUCAGCCUCAACCUGCUGAACAAUCAGAACACCCAGGGACAAACGCCCAACCCACAGUAAUCACAUUAUUCAGUUAAAGCACUUUCUGCACCUAGAUGAUUAUGUAUUGUUUAAAGUAUCCAAAUUAUAAAUAAAAAUGCAUGCAUUGUUAUAUCUGGGAUUUGUUUUGCAGCUGUAAUAAACUUAUAAAAUAGAA